UGCUCUGGCAGAGGCACAGAGUCACGGCACGAGGGGCUGCACCCUCCUGCCUGCCCCGGCACACACGUGCAUGGCCCUGCACCCACCCGUGCGCCUGCUGUGUGUGUCCCAUGCACGCUGUGCUGAGCCCUUGCUCAGGCAGACACACUCUGGCACAUUUCUACUUGUCCUUGUUCACCUGUGCACGCUCUGGCAUGUCCCUGUGUGUCCUUGCUCACAGGCACACUCUGUCACACUCCUGUAUGUCCCCGUUCACAUGUGGAUGCUGUGACGAGUCCCUGCAUGUCCUGGCUCACAGGGGCCUCUCACCGGUAGCCGACGGCCACCGGGCCGGGGCACACGGGGACCAUGACCUCGGCCAAUGACUACGAGCAGCUGGAGCUGCAGCAGCAGUACAGCCGCAUCAAUGUCCGCUGGGACGCGUCCGACGACGAGCUGGACAACGACAACAGCUCCGCGCGGCUCUUCGAGCGCUCCCGCAUCAAAGCCCUGGCAGAUGAGCGGGAGGCCGUGCAGAAGAAAACCUUCACCAAGUGGGUGAACUCGCACCUGGCUCGCGUCACCUGCCGCAUCUCGGACCUCUACAUGGACCUCCGGGACGGGCGGGUGCUCAUCAAGCUGCUGGAAGUGCUGUCAGGAGAGCUUCUGCCCAAGCCCACCAAGGGCCGGAUGCGGAUCCACUGCCUAGAGAAUGUGGACAAGGCGCUGCAGUUCCUGAAGGAGCAGCGGGUGCACCUGGAGAACAUGGGCUCUCAUGAUAUCGUGGAUGGCAACCACCGCCUCGUCCUCGGCCUCAUCUGGACCAUCAUCCUCCGCUUCCAGAUUCAGGACAUCAUCGUGGAGACGCAGGAGGGCCGGGAGACACGCUCUGCCAGGGAUGCACUGCUGCUCUGGUGCCAGAUGAAGACAGCAGGUUACCCCCACGUGAACGUCACCAACUUCACCUCGAGCUGGAAGGACGGGCUGGCCUUCAAUGCCCUCAUCCACAGGCACAGGCCUGAGCUGGUUGACUUCCAAAACCUUACCAAAUCCAAUGCCCGGCACAACCUGGAGCAUGCCUUCAGCGUGGCAGAGCGGCACCUGGGCAUCACCCCUCUCCUUGACCCUGAAGAUGUGUUCACGGAGAACCCGGAUGAGAAGUCCAUCAUCACCUACGUGGUGGCCUUCUACCACUACUUCUCCAAGAUGAAGGUGCUGGAAGUGGAAGGAAGGCGCCUGGGCAAGGUCAUCGAGCACGCCAAGGAGACGGAGCGGAUGAUCGAGGGCUACGGGGGGCUGGCGUCCGACCUGCUCACCUGGAUCGAGCAGACCAUCGCCUCCCUCAACAGCCGCAGCUUCGCCAACUCGCUGGCCGGGGUGCAGCACCAGCUGCAAGCCUUCAGCACCUACCGCACCGUGGAGAAGCCCCCCAAGUUUCAGGAGAAGGGCAACCUGGAGGUGCUGCUCUUCACCAUCCAGUCGCGGAUGAGGGCCAACAACCAGCGUGUCUACACCCCGCACGAGGGGCGCCUGGUCUCUGACAUCAACCGGGCCUGGGAGCAGCUGGAGAAAGCGGAGCACGAGCGGGAGCUGGCGCUGCGCAACGAGCUGAUCCGUCAGGAGAAGCUGGAGCAGCUGGCACGGCGCUUCGACCGCAAAGCAGCCAUGAGGGAGGCCUGGCUGAGCGAGAACCAGCGCCUGGUGGCCCAGGACAACUUCGGGCAGGACCUGGCGGCGGUGGAGGCGGCCAAGAAGAAGCACGAGGCCAUCGAGACAGACACGGCUGCCUACAGGGAGAGGGUGCAGGCCAUUGAGGCAGUGGCCAAGGAGCUGGAGCUGGAGGGCUACCAUGACAUCCAGCGCAUCAAUGGGCGGAAGGACAACAUCCUGCGGCUCUGGGAGCAGCUCCUGGAGCUGCUGGCUGCCCGGCGCCAGCGCCUGGAGAUGAACCUCACCCUGCAGCACCUCUUCCAGGAGAUGCUCCAUUGCAUCGACUGGAUGGACGAGGUCAAGGUGAAGCUGGCAUCUCCCGAAUCUGGGAAGCACCUCCUGGAAGCAGAGGAGCUGCUGCAGACCCACCGUCUGCUGGAGGCCGACAUGGCCGUACAGGCAGAGAAGACCCGGGCCAUCAGCGCUGCCGCCCUCCGCUUUGCCGACGCUGAGGGCUAUCGUCCCUGCGACCCCAAAGUCAUCCGGGACCGCGUGAGCCACCUGGAGAUGUGCCGGCGAGAGCUGCAGGUGCUGGCGGCGCGGAGGAGAGCCUUGCUGGAGCAAUCCCGCUCCCUCUGGACCUGCCUGUGGGAGCUGGACGAGGCAGAGAGCUGGAUCAAGGAGCAGGAGCAGCUCUACUCCUCCCUGGACUUCGGGAAGGACCUGCCGGGCGUGCUGCUGCUGCAGCGCCGGCACGCUGCCUUCGAGGCCGAGCUGCGGAGCGGGGGGGGGGCCGCGCUGGCCGAGCGCCGCGGCCGCCAGCUGCAGGAUGCCCUGGACCUCUACACUGUUUUCGGGGAGAGCGACGCCUGCCAUCUCUGGAUGGGCUCCAAGGAGACCUGGCUGGCAGAGCUGGAGGUGCCGCAGACGCUGGAGGACCUGGACGUGACGCAGCGCAGGUUGGACGGGCUGGAGCAAGACAUGGCCACCGUGGCUUCCCAGAUCGCCGCAGUCAACCAGGCAGCCGACGGGCUCCUGGCUAGCGGGCACCCCCGGAGCCCCCAGGUCCGGCAGUGCCGGGAGCAGCUCAACGAGAGGUGGGGCCGGUUCCGGGAGCUGGUGUCGGAGCGCCGGCGGGCGGUGGGCUCGGCGCUGCGCCUCCUCAACUACAACCUGGAGUCGGAGGAGACCCAGAAGUGGCUGCGGAGCAAAGCCCGGGCGGUGGAGGCCACGGCCGAGCUGGGCCGCGACCUGGCCGGCGUGCUGGCCACGCAGCGCAAGCUGUACGGCAUCGAGCGGGAGCUGGCGGUGGCCCAGGACCGCCUGGCGGUGGCCACGUCCGCCUGGGAUGAGCUGCAGGCGGCCCUGGCAGAGCGCGCAGCGUCCCUGGGGGAAGCCGGUCAGCUGCGGAGUUUCCUGCAGGACCUGGAUGACUUCCAGGCGUGGCUCUUCGGCGCUCAGAAAGCCGUGGCGGCCGUCGAUGAGGUGCCGGCGUCGCUGGGGGAGGCGGAGGAGAUGCUGCAGCGGCACGAAGCGGCGCGGCGCGACGCCGAGGAGCAUGCGGGAGCCUUCGCCGCCUUGGCGGAGGCAGGGGAGCGGGUGCUGGGGGGACAGACGGACCCCGAGUACGAGGGGCUGCGGCAGCGCCUGGGCGGCGUGAAGGACGGCUGGGCUGCCCUGGGCAAGAUGGCAGAGGCUCGGAAGCGCUUCCUCACCCAGUGCCGCAACUUCCAGGAGUUCCUUCGCGACACCAAGCAGGCGGAGAUCCUCCUCACCAAGCAGGAGUACACGCUGUCCCACCUGGAGCUGCCCUCCACACUGGAGGGCUCGGCUGCUGCCCUGCACCGCUUCCAGAACUUCCGUGCUGAUGUGGAGAGCAAUGCCAAGAAGGUCCCGGAGGUGGUGGUUGGUGGCACCAAGCUGGUGGCUGAGGAGAACAUUUUUGCCGAGAAGAUUUCCGAGAAGUGCCGAACUCUCCAGGAACGGCAUGGAGCUGUCAUGGACAAGGUGGAGGAGGCAGCAGGUCUGAUGCAGGACAACCACGACCUACAGACCUUCCUGCAGAGCUGCCGCGAGUUUGAUUCCUGGGUGGAUGAGAAGAUGCUGAUGGCUCAGGAUGUCUCCUAUGGAGAAGCCCGUGGUCUCCACAGCAAGUGGCAGAAGCACCAGGCAUUCAUGGCUGAGCUGGCACCCAACCAGAGCUGGCUGGAGAAGAUUGAGGCGGAGGGGACGGAGCUGGCCGCGCGCAAGCCGCAGUACGGCGCGGUGGUGACGCAGCGGCUGGAGGAGCUGCGCCGGCGCUGGGCCGAGCUGCGCGCGCGCAAGCCGCAGUACGGCGCGGUGGUGACGCAGCGGCUGGAGGAGCUGUGCCGGCGCUGGGCCGAGCUGCGCGGCGCCGCCGAGGACAAGGGCCGGCAGCUGUUCGAGGCCGAGCGCUCGGCGCUGUACGCCCGCAGCUACGGGGAGCUGGAGAGCUGGCUGGGGCGCGCGCAGGAGGAGCUGCGCCAUGCCGAGAAGGUCAAGGACCUCACCGCCACCAACCUGCUGCUCAAGAGGUUGACGAGACUGGAAGAGCAAGUGAGAACAUGGAUGAAGGAGCUGGAGGAAUUGGGGUGGCAGGGCACCCCUGGUGCUGGGGAUGUGCCAGAUACCACUAGACAGGAGCAGAUGCUCCGGCAGCGAGUCCUUGAGCUGCUGGAGCCACUGGAGAGGAAGAGGAAGGAGCUGGAGACUGCCAAGGCCAUGUACCAGCUGGGGCGGGAUCUGGAGGAUGAGACGCUGUGGGUGCAGGAGCGGCUUUCCCUGGCGAGGUCAACGGAUCACGGCACCGACCUCCCAAGCGUGCAGCGCCUGACCAAGAGGAAUGAGACCCUGCAGAAGGAGCUGGCGGGCCAUGCCCCCCGCCUGGGUGAGGUGCUGAGCCGGGGAGAGGCGGCGGGGAGCGGCGAGGAGCCGGGCCCGGAGCUGGCGGCACAGGCGCGGGAGCUGCAGGCGCUGUGGGAGGCGCUGCAGCAGGAGGCGGCCGCGCGGCACCGGCGCCUGCGGGAGGCCGAAGAGGCCCAGCAGUACUACCUGGAUGCCGACGAGGCCGAGGCCUGGGUCAGCGAGCAGGAGCUCUUCAUGGGACCCGAGGAGAAACCGAAGGAUGAGGAGAGCUGCUUGAUGAUGCUGAAGAGACAUGUCCGGCAGCUGCGCUCCAUCGAGGACUACGGACAAACCAUCAAGGAGCUGGCAGGGAGGGCGCAGCAGCUGCUCUCUGCCGGCCACCCCGAGGGGGAGCAGAUCAUCCGGCUGCAGGGCCAGGUGGACAAGCACUACGCGGGGCUGAAGGAGGCGGCCGAGGAGCGCCGCCGGCGCCUGGAGAACAUGUCCAACCUCUUCCAGCUGAAGCGGGAGGUGGAAGAGCUGGAGCAGUGGAUUGCCGAGCGCGAUGUGGUUGCUUCCUCCCCGGAGAUGGGGCAGGACCUGGACCAUGUCAUGCUCCUGCGGGAGAAGUUUCGCGAGUUCGCGCGGGAGACAGGGAGCGUGGGGCAGGAGCGCGUGGACCGGGUGAACCUGACCAUUGAGGACCUCAUUGACGCGGGGCACAUCGAGGCGGCCACCAUAGCUGAGUGGAAGGACGGGCUGAACGAGAGCUGGGCCGACCUCCUGGAGCUGAUCGACACCCGCAUGCAGCUCCUUGCCGCCUCCCACGACCUCCACAAAUACUUCUACGACGGUGCCGAGCUGCUGGCCCUCAUCGCCGCCCGGCGCCAGGAACUGCCCCAGGAUCUGGGCGAGGAUGCCGGCACGGUGGAGGCUUUCCACCGCAUGCACAAUGCCUUUGAGAGGGACCUUCAGCUGCUGGAGGCACAGGUGCAGCAGUUUCGGGAGACAGCAGCACGUCUGCAGACUGCCUAUGCCGGUGAGAAGGCAGCUGGAAUCCAGGAGCAGGAGCAGGAGGUGUCCCGAGCGCUGCAGGAGCUGCUGGAAGCGUGCAGCGGGCGCCGGGCACGGCUGACGGACACGGCUGACAAGCACCGCUUCUUCAGCAUGGCACGGGAUCUGCUCUCCUGGAUGGAGAGCACUGUCCGGCAGAUUGAGACACAGGAGAAACCCAGGGAUGUCUCCUCGGUGGAGCUGUUGAUGAAAUACCACCAGGGAAUUAAGGCUGAGGUGGAUGCUCGGGGCAAGAACUUCACCAACUGCAUCGAGCUGGGCAAGAAGCUGCUGCAGCGCAAGCACCAGGACUCACCAGAGAUCAAGGCGAAGCUGGUGGAGCUGGUGGACAAGAGGAAAGCCAUGAUGGAGAUGUGGGAGCAGCGCUGGGAGCGGCUGCGGCUGCUGCUGGAGGUGUGCCAGUUCUCCCGCGACGCCUCGGUGGCCGAGUCGUGGCUCAUGGCUCAGGAGCCCUACCUGGCCAGCAGCGACUACGGGCAGACGGUGGAUGCGGUGGAGAAGCUGCUGAAGCGGCACGAGGCUUUUGAGAAGUCCUCCGCCACUUGGGAGGAGCGCAUUGCCGCCCUCAGGAAGCUGACAACGCUGGAGCUCCUGGGCGGGCGAUCUCUGCGCGAGGGGCUGGUGCGGGACGGGACGACGCGCUCUGAAGCUCCCGACUAUUGCCUGGAUCUGGAUGGGGAGCUGGAGGCCGGGUCCGAGGAGGAGGAGGAAGAGGAGGAGAAGAAGGAUGCGAGCACACAGGACACUUCGCUGCCCACUACAGAUGGACCAGAGCCGCAGCCAGAGUUCGAGUGUCUGCCCUGGGGCCACCGUGUCACCCCAAGGGACAUCAUUGCUGUAUGGGACAUCAGCACCCUGCGGGGCAUCAUCACCCUGUGGGGCAUUGUCACCCUGUGGGACAUCACUGGAACCGUGCAGGACAUUGGCACCCUGCCGGGAAUAUUCACCCUGUGGGGUACUGUCACCCUGUGGAGCAUCGUCAUCCCGAGAGACACAGUCACCGUGUGGAGCAUUGUCACCCCAUGGGGAACUGUCACCCUGUGGGGCAUCAUCACCCGUGGGAUGUUGUCACUGUACAAGGCGUUGGCACCCUGUGGGGCAUCGUUACACCCUGCAGCAUUGUCACCCUGCAAGGCAGGAAUUGUUGCCCUCAGGGCAUUGUCACCUGGUGCCAGCCCCUGUUCUCGCUGCCAGCUCUCUGCUCCUCCUGCUGCUCUGCCUGGGCAGGGACACGAUGGCUCUCUGCCUGGGGACAGGAACCCCUUCUGCCUCUUCUGCCUGCCUGGGGACAUGGGCAUCUCCUCAGGGACCAGAUCACUCUCCCCCAGGGACCAGAUCACCCUCCCCUGCUCGGGGACAAGAUCCUUGAGUGCCUUCAUGAGAACAAGCUCAUUUGUGCCUGGGACACCACCUUGCCGCGGGUCCAUCGGUGGCAGCGGGCGGGCGACACCGCGGCGUAACCGCGCCGUUGCCUCGCGACAGCUGGCGCCGAGGACAGGUGAGGAGGAGCCGGUGUCCCCGACCCCACGGCCGCCGCGGGAGGAGCCGGAGGAGCCGGCCACGCUGCCCGCCCGCGUCAGCAGCGUCCAGCUGGAGGGCUACCUCGGCCGCAAGCACGACCUGGAGGCGGCCACCAAGCGCGCGUCCAACCGGUCGUGGAGCACGCGGUACUGCGUCCUGCGGGGCGGCCAGCUCGCCUUCUUCAAGGACGCCAAGAGCCGCGCGCUGGGGCUGCCGUGCCAGGGCGAGGAGCCCCUGGGGCUGUGGGACGCCCGCUGCGAGGUGCCCGCGGGCUACAAGAAGAAGAAACACGUCUUCAAGCUCAGGCUCAGCAACGGCAGCGAGUGGCUGUUCCAUGGCAAGGAUGAGGAGGAGCUGCAGGCCUGGCUGCAGGGGCUGAGCGCGGCCAUCACGGAGUGUCGGGGCAGCCGCGGGAAGGUGCAGAGCCUCCCCCUGCCCAUACCCCCGGUGCACCCCCGGCCCCCCUCCGCACGCACGGCACAGGUGUGCGCCCCACAGCCGGGCCGAGACACCCUGGGGAGGGGUGGGUUGGGGGAGUCCAUGGGGCACCCCUUUUCUUGUGGACUAAGGGGCCAUGGGGUGCCCCUUCUCCUGGACAAGCUAGGUGUCCGUGGGGUGCUUCUUCUUCCCAACAGGCUGGGGGUCCACGGGGGUACCCCUUCUUCCAAGUAA